AUGAACCCAAAUUCACCAAUAAGAAAUGGUAACCACCAUAGUUUUGAUCUCAACUCUGACGCUACAACAGAUGUUGAUCAUGAGCAUCUAAAUGGGUUCAACAAUGCAUUAGGUAAAAGUAAACCAAAUCUACAUGAUGUGAUACGUAAGCAAAUAUUUGAUGACUUGCUAUCUAGAAGUAAGGAUUUGAAGUUACCUCAUGGUGCAACGAAUGAAGUGGCAGAAUUAUUUUCAGUGCAUGUAAGAACUGUGAGACGAAUUUGGAAACAAGGAAAGGAUUGUCUUUUGCGCAAUGAGGCAGUUAACGUUUGUAGUAGAAAAUCCAAAAAUUGUGGGCGUAAGAGACUUGCUCUUGAUUCAGAUAUCCUAAUGAACAUACCUCUAGCAAAAAGAACUACAAUGAGGGAUGUAGCAGCAGCCGCAAAUGUGGGGUUACAUGCGGUUCACAAACUUUUGAAGUCGGGGGACAUUAGAAGGCAUUCAAAUUGCAUAAAGCCUUUGUUGACUGAUCGAAACAAGAAAAUGAGAUUAGAAUGGUGCUUAUCGAUGCUUGAUCCAAGAAGUGUCCAUCAGGAUCCAAUUUUUAAAGGUCUGUUUGAUAUUGUUUUUAUAGAUGAGAAGUGGUUUAACAUGACAAAAAGGACAGAGAAUUAUUAUCUUUCUCGGGUUGAAGAUGAUCCAUUACGGACAUGUAAGAGCACAAAUUUUAUUGGUAAAGUGAUGUUUUCGGCUGCGAUGACUCGUCCAAGGAUGGAUGAAAACGGCAAUUGUAUUUUUGAUGGGAAAAUUGGUUGUUUUCCAUUAGUUACUCACGUAGUAGCUCAAAGAAGCAGUGCAAAUCGGGCUGCCGGAACAUUGGAGAUUAAGCCAAUCACAUCGAUAACUAAAGAUGUCAUGAGAAGUUUUAUGCUUGACAAAAUUGUUCCUGCUGUUCGAGCUACGUGGCCAAGAGAAGACAUGCAUAACACAAUAUUCAUUCAACAAGAUAAUGCUCCGACACACAUUGAUCCAUCGGACAAAUACUUUCAGGAAGUUGCCAAGCAAGAUGGUUUUGAUAUUCGACUCAUAUGUCAACCUCCGAAUUCUCCGGACCUAAACAUCUUGGAUCUUGGAUUUUUUCGUGCUAUUCAAGCUAUUCAGUACAAGCAAUGUCCUAAGACUGUUGCUGAACUUGUUAAUGUAGUGGAGAAGGCGUUCGAGGAAUAUUCACCGGUGCUGUCCAAUCGGAUCUUUUUAACAUUACAAUCGUGCAUGGUUGAGAUAAUGAAAGCAAGGGGAUCUAAUGACUAUAAAAUUCCUCACUUGAAGAAAGAACAACUUGAAAAAGAAGGACGUCUUCCCUUGAAUUUAAAAUGUGAUCUUGAGUUAGUCAAUGAAGUUUCUAGGGCGAUUAAUACAUGA